AUGGAUAGAAAAACAAUAACAAAAGACACAACAAACGAAAGCGAAGACUGGAGAAGUAUCAAUAUUACUUUAAACUCCCCAAUAACCUCCUCAGUUUACCCCUCUAACGAAAUUCGGUCUUCACGUUACAAUUUUUGGACGUUUUUGCCUUUAAAUUUAUUUGACCAGUUUAUGAGGCCUUCCAAUAUUUGGUUUCUCUAUGUCUCCCUACUAGAAAUCCUUGUACUUUCUGAUGGGUCUGUAUAUUCAUACUCUACAAUAAUUCCUCUAGUAAUUCUACUGCUUUUUACAGGAGUGAAAGACGCUUUGUGUAACUACCAAAAAAAUGAUUGUGACAAAAAAAUCAAUAACGAAAUGUUUUUAGUCUGAAAUGGGAUUUCUUUCAUGCAAAAAAAAGCUAACUCCCCCCCCCCUCCGUGAGUGAACAAAACCAUUAGAAAAAUCGCUAUUUUUUGCCCAAAAACCCACACUCCGUGAGUGAACAAAAAAAUUUUAUUAAUAGAAAAAAUUUUUUAUGGAAAAAAAUUUGAUAUAUAAAUGAUAAUUAGAUAAUGAAAUCUAAAGCUAAUUCUGUUUAAUUUUGAACGAAUUGCUUUUUAAAACAUAAAUUUUAUAAAUUAAAUUAAUUUUUGCUUUCCAAUUUUUGCGAAUUAGGAUUUUUUUUAAAUUUCGAAAAAAUAUUUUUUAUAAAAUUUAUAUAGAAAUUUUUUUAAAAAAAAAUAAAAUUAACCCCCCUCCGUGAGUGAACAAAAUUUUUUUGUUCACUCACGGAGGGGGGGGGGGAGUAAAGAAAUUUUUGUAGGGGAGGUCGUUUUGCUACAAAAUAAAGAAAAAGCCCCAGCGGAUUUGGUGUUGCUGUGCUCGGGGUCACCGAAUUUUAGCUGCUAUUUGGAUACGUCAGGAAUUAUUGGAGAAAAAGAUUUAAAAAUAAAAAAAUCAAUUAGGGAAGUACAGAAUCUGAUAAAUAUCGCUGAUGUAAACGAGGCAUCUGCAUAUUUAAAACGAAUUGGCGGCUUUGUAAAAGUCCAGCCUCCUAAUACAGAUUUCAGUUCCUUUGCAGGAAAAUUCAUCCUAGGAAAUUCCCCUAAAGCCACGAACUUGAAUAUAGAUAAUUUUAUUUAUCGAGAAUCAAAAAUAUGUAACACCCCAUGGAUUUUCGGACUAGUAAUUUAUACAGGAAAUGAGACCAAAAUUUGGAAAACUGAGACUUACCGUAUAAGAAAAUCGUCAAGAAUCGAAAAAUGAUUCAACCGUUUUGCCAUCUUUUUGGUGGCUUUUAUCUUAUUACUAUCGUUAUUUGAAGCUUUAAUGGCGCGAUUUUAUAUUGACUACGACCAUAAAUUCCCCUUUUAUGUGACUUUUUUUAGGUUUAAUUCUGUUUUUAGUGAGCUUAUUCCUUUGCCAUUGUUUUUUAUUAUAGAUAUAGUGAAGCUAAUCCGUUAUUUCAGAAUAAACCUAAGGAAGCAAGGAGUUCAAUUUAAGACAGAGGAUGCCUGCGAAAAUCUAUUCCUAUUUAACACCUUUUUCAAUUAAUUUUUACUAUAAAAAAUUUUAGCUAAAUUACUAUAAAUCCCUAUAGGACAAAUCGAAUAUUUAUUAGCAGAUAAAACAGGCACCUUGACCAGCGACAACUUAAAUAUAAAAUUAUGCCUAAUUGGAGAAAACGAAUAUUGAGAAGAAUCAGGCUCAAUAGACGAGCUUAGAAGAACUAGCAACGCAGACCGAGGAUUCACAUAUGGCACUGACCGAAUGUUUAUAAACAACGAAGAAGGUGAAGAUUUAAUUGGAACCCCAAACUCACUUCUACGAAAAAACUUUGUAGACCUUAAAGCUGAUUUUUUAUCUAAUAUCAGCAGUGAAAUGAUGCAUUAUUUCACCUGUCUUGUCCUCUGCAACAUCGCAAUUCCACUCGAAAACGGAGAAUAUUUGACCACAGCAGUCGAAGACAAAGCUUUAUUAGAACUUUCUGACACAAUUGGGGUAAAAUUAAAAGAUAGGGACACUAAUAAAUGCGAAAUCAGUCUAAAUAAUGAUGUAAAAGACUUUAUGAUAUGAGGACUCAGAGAUGCGACUCCUGAAAACAAACGGACAAGGAUUAUUGUGCAGAAUAUUCUGUCAGAUGAAGCCUUUAUAUAUGUAAAAGGGUCACUUGACACUAUGCUAAAUAUAGUAAAAGACCCAAACGGGUGUCUUUUUAACCUGGAAAAUGUGCUUAAAGAGUCCUCGACCUCAGGGCUGCAGUUUAUUGCAGCAGGGUAUAAGCCAUUGAAACAGAGAGACCUUCAGGAAUUUAAAUCAGCUUAUAGAAAUGCAAAACAGUGUCCUGUAAAUACUGAUAGAAGAAUAGAGUCAGUUUUUGAAGAAUGUGAGCAAGGGAUACAAUAUUUGGGCUGUAUAGGGAUACAAGAAGAAAUUACUGAAGAAACGAAGGAAACGGUAGAAAUUUUGAAAAAUGCAGGGAUUAAAAUAUGGAUUUUGAGUGGUGACUCUGAAGAUAGGACAAUUUCAGCAGGGAUUGGGUCUUCAGCGAUACAGGAAAACUGGAAUAUUAUAAAGCUUUCAAAAGUAAACAGCCAAAGUGAAUGUUUAUCGCUUCUAGAAGACACAUUGAAAAGCACAAUUUUUAAAGAGAAUAGCUUAUUAAAUUCACCCACUAAAGAUCCUCAUGACGUAAACGGAGCAUCACCGAUUUUUCCUAUUGUGAGUGUCCCGCUGUUUGAAAGUGAUAACUCAUAUUCAGAAAAUAAUGACAGCCAAAGGCUUUUUCACUAUGAGUCAGCAAGAGAAAAAUCAUAUCCGUUGAUUUCUAAAAAAAUGAAUAAACCCACAAAUAUUGACAUUUCUUUAAGAAAAGAUAUCGAAUUUAGCACUGAUUAAUAGAAAUUUGUUAUUAAUAACCUUUAUAUUAAAAUCAAUUAUGAUUGUUAUACAAUAAAUCCUUUAAUAUCAAAGCUGACAAGCUUCAGCCACAUCAAUUAUAUUGAUCUCAACCAAUCUAUUAAUCAGACAAAUUUGAAUUUUGUAUUGUCAAUUGAUAAUAAAAUUCUUGAAAUUUGUAUUGAGCAUUCAAAUUGUAGGAAAUUAUUAGUGGUUUUGCUUUUUACUGCACAAAGUGUAUGCUUCCAUUCGUUGCUGCCUGGAGAUAAAAUGAAGGUUGCGAAGCUUUUAAAGCAAUAUUUUUCGUUUAAGCCUAUAUAAACUGUUAUAUUAAUUUAGAAAAAUUAUUUAAAUAUUAAAAUUAAUUUUGUUUUUUUGAAUAUUUUGGACUAUUAAUGAUUUUAUAACAUAUUUUUAGCUAUAGGGGACAGUGGAAGUGACGUAGGGAUGAUUAAAGAAGCACAUAUAGGCGUAGGAGUUAUAGGAAAAGAAGGUACUCAGGCAGCAAGUGCAAGUGAAAUUGUCAUUAGCAAGUUUUCUGACCUAACUGAGCUGAUUUUAUGUGAGGGGCAUUGUUCAUAUGCAAAUGUCUCCAAAAUUAUUCUCCUUUUGUUUUAUAAAAGUGUGCUGAUAAUCAGCUUGAUUUUCUUUUUUACACCUGUGGAUUAUUAUUCUGGGAACUUGAUAAGCUCUCUCAAUUUAGAGAUAUAUUUAUUACAAAUAAAUAGAUAAAACUUAAAAAAAAUAUAGAAUUUAAUUAAUUUAUGAUAUAGGGUAUAUAUAUAAUGGUCAUCAACAUUGUAAAUAUCAUAGGAAUUGGAGUAUUUGACCAAAGACUUAAUGCGAGUGAAAUUUCGGAAUUUCCAGAAAUGCAUUUAUUAGGGGUUUAUAGCACUUAUUUUAGCAAGUAUAGUAUCAUGAAUUAUACUUUUCAAGGUCUUUUGCAUGCGGGGAUUAUAUCGAUUUUCCUAAAUUAUGGGUUUUUUGAUAUCAUGAAUGACAGAGGGUAUGCCGAAAAUCAUCUGCUUAUGGAAGGUGUAGCUUUUAUAGUAGCUUCUAUAAUAGUCCAAGGAAUAACUAUAUUAGAAACAAGCAGCCACAGCUAUUAUACAGUAGCUACUCAGAUUAUUUCUUUCAUUAUUUUUUUGAUAUAUAUUAUCACGAAUUCUUAUACUGAUACUGAGUAUUAUGGGUUUUUAAGAAUGAUUUUUUCCUCAAUCUCUCCCUUUAAAUUGGAACAAAAAAUCCUGCUCCAAUUUAAUGGGGUAAUUUUUUUUUAAAAAAAAUUUUAAAAUUGAAAAAAUCAAAUUAAAUGCAAUUUUUAGGAUUUUAUUUUAUUUUUAUGAAGAAUUAAUUCAAAUUAAUCAAUUAGGUGUGUGAGAAUGUUUAAAUUAUAAAUUAGGCCAAACUAAUUUAUAAAUAUUAUUUUAUGACCUAUAAAAUUUUCCUAUUACAAUUUUUUUUCCAAUUUAAAGAGGCUUAAAGGAAUUAAAAAAUGAACAUUUUCCCAAUAUUUUGCUUGGGGAGUCAGGAAGACUUGUUAUUUAUAUAAUAAGUCUAUAAUUAAGUCUUUAAUUUUAAAAAUGGCCAUUAUUUCUUGAAUAAAUAUUAUUUUAGCUAAAUAAUAGAAAAUAGCAUAUCUUUGUCUCGCGAUUUUGUUAUGUCUAGUAAUUUCAUAUGCUAUGAAUGUAUAUUUAGAGCUGUUUUCGCCUUCCCUAAUCAAUUUUAUUAACGCUAUCAAAGUCAGGCUAUUUAAUUUUGAAAUUAUUUCAAGAAUAAAUCAAUAUGACUGCAAGCUUGAAAGUGUGUAUAAGGACAAGAAAAAGUCAAAAUUAGAAACAAAUAUUGAGUCUUUUGAUAUAUAUUGUUACUAAUUAAAUUAUAAAUCGCUAUAAAUGCUAUAGAAAAUAUUAAAUUUAACCUAUUUUAGCAUAAAUCCCCUCACGCUUAAUUUUAAGUCGUCUUCUAAACAGUCUGAAUAUAAUGAAGGGAAAUAUUUAUCAAGGCUAAAACAUUAUACUGGGUUUGAUUAAGCUUAAAUUAGAAAAAAAUAGACAUUUUUAUUAUCUAUAAAUAAGAAGACAUAAAAACUCUAUAUUUUUGUUAAAUUAAUGCAUACUUGAAUACCGAAUAUUAGUGGUAAUCACCUUAUUUAUAUUUAUAUUAGCUACUACAAGUGGCUAUACGAGCUCUAUAGGCGCUUUAGUUGUAUUUAUGGUAUUAAAUGCCUCAUUUUUGGUUUUUACCUGGACGAAAUCCUUUAGAAAAUUUAUCAGAAUUUUUGUUAUGUCGUAUUAUGUCGCUGUACAAGUUAUUGUGCUAGUUACAGUCAUUUUGACAAAAUUUAACUUGCUGGUCCUAACACCUUUAUAUCCUUUGUUAUAUGCUUUGGCAUUUAUACUUUUCCAGAAUAGCUAGAUUUUUAUAUAUUGCUAAUUUUUUUCUAAAUUAAUACCAUUUUUUUAUAAUUUUUACUGUCAGGAUUGUCAGAAUAGUAUAAUAUAGAAUGGCCGGUGCAAAUUGUAUGCAAUGUUAUAAGUACCAUUAUAAUUCUUAUCAAAACGGUUAUUGUUUAUAAUAAGUGAUUUGAUAAUACUGACCUUGCAGUAAUAUCUAUCCAAUAUUUUGACUCAAUGCCAUUGAGCUUUUUAUGAUUUAUUUGGUCAAAAUUUUUGAUAAUGAGAUGUUUAGUCGAUAAACCCAUUAAAUUUCGAUCAAAUUUUCACCAAUAAAACUUUCGAAAAAAUACCGCACGAUUAUGGACCUACACCAAUAUUUCAUCCUAUGGAUUUCAAUAGAGAUUACUGCUAUAAUUGUGGCUUAUAGCUUGGAAAAUGCGAGCUUAAAAGAAUUUAUAUUGAUAAGAACAGUUCGUACUGAAAUGAUCAAAGCUAAAGAUGUCCUAGAACUGCUACUCCCUAAAUUUGUGGUAAAAAGGGUUAAAGAAGGUAUCAGGUAUAUUUCUGACGACCAAGGGAUUGUAAGUGUCCUGUUCUGCAACAUCUGUGAUUUUGAUCAAAUAUUCCUAUAAUAGUUAGAUUAAAACUUCCUAUUUUUUUAAUUAAAAAUUUUAAAAUUACUAGAAAAUUGUAUAAUUAAUGACUACACUCCUCAGGAAAUUACUAACUUGCUAGACGAAGUCUAUUUAAAUUAAAAUAGUGGUAUGCAUCAACCUGCCCUCUUGGCACAACGGAACCUCAAGACCAUGGUGAACUGAGAUGGGCGCAAAGCCGAGAAUUAAAUGCAGCCUCAGAAAUGUGUAUCCGGGUAGGUUUUUGCUACUAUUCUGUGGCUGCAAAUAGAGGUGCCCAGAAAUUCCGGACCCUCAGGCAUCUUCUACUGAGAAACCGGGAUUUCGACCUAGGCCUUAGGGCAACAGUCUUUUACUUAUAGUUGCCGAAGAAAGGCUUUUGAAACUCAAUAACUCCAAGGAGCUAAUCCUUGGAAUCAAUCCCCCAUCUAAUGGACGCAUAUAUAUAAGCCUCCCAAUCAAUACUGAAACCUCAAGGCAAGGUUGAAACAACUUUACCUGUUAAUUCCAGAUAUACUUAUCAGUUUGUCGCCGAGCCGAUGAAUCUCCCAUACGGAAGAUCUUUUGGUGACUGAAUCACUAAUAUGUCUAACACCUGUCUUUAAUUAAUCUAGCCUAACCUCCUAGACGAAGUCUACGGAAAGCUUGACCAGCUCUGUGAACUUGUAGGUGUGACUAAAAUAGAAACAGUCGGAAAAACCUAUAUGGCAUGCGCAGGGCUGAAAGAUAGCGAAACUGAGCUUGAUUAUUCCUUAAGAUCAGUUUCCCACACAAGAAGAGUCAUAGAAAUGGGCAUAGAAAUCAUCAAUUACACUCAAAAAAUCAUGCUGAGAAGCGGUGACCCUAUUCACGUACAAAUUGGAAUAAAUAGUGGUCCAGUGACUGCAGGGGUUGUAGGUGCCCAUAAGCCCCAAUUUUCACUUGUAGGAGAUACUGUAAACACUGCAAGCAGGAUGGCAUCAACUUUAAAGAUUAAGGACGCUAUACAGAUUUCUAUGUCUACUUAUGAGUUAUUGUCUAAUAGAAAAGGACUGUCUUUUAUACCACAAAAUGUAUAUGCUAAAGGAAAAGGGAAUAUAGAUAUAGCAAUUUCAUAUAAAUUAAGCCUUGAUUUAUUAUAUAACAUUAAUUAAAUUAUAAGCUUAAGCUGGUUAUUUAUAGUAUACAUUUUUAGUAAAAGCUGAUACCAGCCCUGAAUCUCUUCUUCCAGACGCAACCCCAAAGCGAGACUCUUUUAGAGCUACAAAUAGCUUAAUGCCCACAAUUAGUAUGCACGUAUCAAGCUUUUGUGACCCUGAUAUCGCAGAGUUAUCCCCAUCAGAACGACGAAGAUUAAGCAGUGGAAGAAUUUCAGACACAGGAGUUGAAGAAAGAGACAGGCUGUUUGAAAAGAAAGAAACUGAGCUGGUUGAUAAAAUGAAAAUAAUUUCGUUUAAACAGACAAAUCAAGAGAAAAUAUGCAUUUUAGAUUAAAUAAAAAAUGGAUUAUUUUUUGCGUUAGUUAAUGCAACUAUUUAGUUUUAAAUGGUAUAUUCAGAAAAGCAAUUAUGGAGGAUAAUUAUAUAAAUUUGAGAAUAGGCCUGCUAUGGGGAAUUAUCGCUGGUAUUUUAUCUUUUAUAAUACAAAUCGUAUGAGUCGCUACAGAUACUUGGAACACUCUUUUUUUCUUGAUAUUUUUCCCAAUAGAAUCAAUAGGAUUUUUGAUAUUUUUGAUUUUCCUUAAAAAGUACCAUACAAAACAAUGGUACACUUUUACCUUGCAAGUUUGCUUUAUGCUUUGCUUACUCUUUUUUACUAUAAAAAAAAUAGACGAGCCUUAUAAAAAAUAAUUAAUAUUAAAAAAUAAUAUAAAAAUACAGGAAAUAUAGCAAUUUUGAUAAUAGUCAGUAUAUAUGUAGAUUCAAACUUGCAUAGCCUUAUAAGUAUUUGUUCAUUAUACCAUAUAAUGCUGCUUACCCACGUAUCAUCUCUUCUAUACGUCCCAACUGUAAUUUUUUCAGCAAUAAUCAUAUUGGGCUGGCUGAUUUCAGAAGAAUUUGUAGAUGUCACCAAUGUUUUUUUAGAUGAAACUAUUUUUAUGAUUUUUUUUACUGUUGUUUGCUUAAUCUCUCUAUAUUUCCGAAUCAAAAGAUUAUGGACUUACAGCAGCCUGCGCACAAAUUCUCAGAAUGAGCUAAAUACUAUAGAAGAGCUGGUAAAUAAAAUGAUGCCUAGACAUGCUUAUAUGAAUUUAAAAGAUAAACAAUCAGUGACUGACAGGUUUUCACAGGUGACUAUUUUAUAUGCUGAUAUUGUUGGAUUUACAGCGUGGUCGAGUGAUAAAUCUCCUGAAGAAAUCCUUGGGAUGCUUUAUGAGCUGUUUUCUAGGUUUGAUAUUUUUUAUUAUGAUAUUUAUAUGGGGAUUAAUAAGGAAAUACUUAUUAUUUUUUAUAGAAAACUAUAGCAAAUAUUAUUUCUAAGUAGUUAAGGAUUUUUAAGAAGAAUAAUUUGUGUGUAGCCCAUAAUGUAUAUAAAGUCCAUACCAUAGGAGAUUGUUAUGUAGCAAUGGGAAAUUCUGGGAAUGAAGUCAGGGAUCCAGGUCAAGAAUGUGUCAAUAUGGUAGAAUUCGCCAUAUAUAAAUGGCGUCGUAAGAAACUUGCACUCUUAACACCUGCAGCCGUAUUGGAGUUAAUUCAAGAUGAUAAAGGAAGCGCACUCAUAUCCAGGUCAAGGUUUUACAUCGUUGGAGAGAUGGUUCGCUGGAUUCGGAAGGGAAAGCCUGCAAGCCAGAGCUGAUCACUUGGCCAAUCAGGUAAAUAUUUAGGGAGAUACCAGGUGUUACAUCAUAGGCUCCGUGCUCGAUUUUGGUCAACAACCCUAUCAGAAAAUUCGUCUUCAAAUUUUCAGGAAUGCGAAUCCCAUUGGUGUACAGCAGAUGCCCAGCAUCUCUGACUCUCGGGAGCAAAAGCCCUUUUCCCUGAGGAGCAACACAGUGGAAGGCUGUGUCCGGACUGGCAGCAAACGGUGAAGCUUUAUGCAGAGGCAGUAAUUCAAGCAGGGCUUUAAGGGGAUUUCUCUAUAAUUAAUUUAAGUAAAAGGUAGAAUUCGCCCAAUCAAUGAUAAAAGUGAUACAAGAAGUCAACGAAAUCAACGGAAUCCAGCUGAAUAUGAGGAUUGGGAUGCAUACCGGCGACGUUAUAGGUGGAAUUAUUGGUGGCUACAUCGUCAGAUAUGAUAUUUACGGCGCAGGAGUCUUAGUCGCUAACCUUAUGGAAAGCAACGGCAUCCCAGGUAAAAUUGCAGUCAGCGAGGUAACCCAAAUGCUCCUAAAACGAUUCCGGCCCUCAAAGUAUCAAUAUGAGCACCUAGGAGAAGUAAACGUACCAAUUCUCUUGCGAAGUUUUAAUAUUUAUGCAAUUAGUGAUUCUAUAUAA